AUGUACGUAUUUUGGGUUUGCUGGGCUUUCAUUUGGAAAGUUUCGGGUGUGCCACAGAACCCUACCAGAAAAGGCGGCAGCACCGAGCUGAACUUGAACCUCGGUUUGGAGGACCCGGAUGAUGACAGCGACGCUGAUUUGAGCCCAGACGAACAGCGUGACAUGGGCAGCACCCCGCGUUCGGAGAACCGACUGAAGAGGAAAGUGUUUUAA